GAAAGAGAAAGAGAGAGAGAGAGAGAGAGAGAGUGUGUGUGUGUGUGACCGAGACCGACUCGCUCUCUGGUUUCUCGAUGAGUCCGCGUUGAAGAGAGAUCGAGAGUGUUGAUCGAGCUGUAUAGUGUUUCGGAGCUAUUACUACACUGGACGGAGAACCCGGGCAACAUUUUACGGCCACAGACGCAAGGGUUUGCUUCGAAAUUUUAGUGUUUUUGUGCAGAAAGCUGGAAGAAACAUGUCGACGGCAGUCAUGAGCAGUCCGAUGUUCGAGUGCGGUGAACUCUUCAAGAGCCCCAGUGCUACCAAACCGAAGGAUGGGCAGAGCGGCGCGCAGUCUGGAGUCGUCCCCGGCGGCGUCCCUACGAACGGUCUCGCACCUUUGCGACGCAGUUACACCAGCCUGGUAAGCCUCAUCGAGCAGCAUCGUAAGCUCGAUCGUAGCGUUAGCGAGCCAACCUCGCGCUACAAGACGGAGCUCUGCCGGCCCUUCGAGGAAAGCGGUAGCUGCAAGUACGGCGACAAGUGCCAGUUCGCCCACGGCUAUAGCGAACUGCGCAAUCUUGCGCGCCAUCCUAAGUACAAGACCGAGCUCUGCCGCACAUUCCACAAGAUUGGCUUCUGUCCGUAUGGGCCACGCUGUCACUUUGUGCAUAACUUCGAGGAGGCGCGUAUCCACAAUUUGAAGGUGAGUGCCCAGUUGGGACAGCCUCAGCCGAGCAUCGUGGGCUUAGGCCCAUUAUUGCAGCCCGCAGCUACGGCUCUUAGCGUCAACGUCAGCCUCCUCGAGCAACUGGCGGCCUCUCCGCAAUUGGCUGCUGCCGUGGCCGCAGCCUCGUCGCCGCUCGCGCGUGCCGGCACCCUGGGUCUGCCAGGGCCCACAUCUCUGUACGCUCAACAACCGCAUACCACGGCUCAGCAGCAGCAACAACAACAGCAACAACAGCAGCAGCAUCAGCAUCAACAGCAUCAGAUGCCCGCAGCCCAAAGGCCCCAGCCACUCAACCUCUCGCCGACGUUCUCUCUUGGUAGCGCCGCCGAUUCGGUGUCGCCCUCUUCGAGCCUCAGCCAGUCACCGACCAACUCGAUGGCCAGCUUCUUCAGUGACGAGCCGCAAGCGGGCCUGGCCGCGAUGGCCUUCGGUUUCGGCCAAGAUUUUGGGUUGCUAAGCGCGCGGCAGAGUCCCAGCCCCCAGGCGGCACUGGACGAGCUCUCGCCGCGCACACCCUCGCCAAUUUCCCCGAAUGCCGCGUCUCGGCUGCCCGUCUUCCACCGGCGGAUCUCGAGCAGCUCAAGAUCUAGGCUUUCGCUUUCAUGCGAUUCCGAGGGGCCGAGCACUCGCGGACGAAGGCGAGAGUGA